AUGCUGAGGCGGCCUCUCCACCGUCGGGCGCUGGCCUGGGCCUAUCAUGAGACUGUUCGGUCUGGCCGAUCUCGGCCGAACCUCUUAUCCCUGGGCCAGACACGCCCUUUCACCAGCUCCUCAACUAGUUUUCCAACUGCGUCGCAGUUCAACCGAUCCGAUUUCACAAAUCAGCCGUUCACCGGCAGCUAUGAACCCGGGCUCCCAACCACGGGCCCGUUGGCUUCAACUCCGGCCUUCGGCGCUCCGCGCAUUACCCCCAAGGUCCUAAAGCAAUAUCUUGACCAGUUUGUGGUCGGACAGGAUCGUGCAAAGAAGGUAUUGAGUGUCGCAGUGUACAAUCACUACCAGCGGGUACAGGAGCUCCAAAGACGGGAAGAGGAGCAAGAGGAACUUCAGGCGAAGCGGCAACGGAGGGAAGCCUUUGAAAGACACCCUUUAGAAGGAGCUUAUUACGCAGAUGAAUUCCCCGGCCAACAGCGCACCGUUGGACUCCCGUCUACACCUAAAUCCCGUCAGGCCACCCCGUUGGAUCAAAUUGAGCUGGUGGACACUUCACCAUUACAACUAGAAAAGUCAAACAUACUGCUCCUUGGCCCUUCGGGUGUUGGUAAAACCCUCAUGGCAAAAACGCUUGCGCGGGUGCUGUCGGUGCCUUUCAGUAUUUCCGACUGCACCCCCUUCACGCAAGCUGGCUAUAUCGGAGAAGAUGCCGAGACAUGUGUGCAUCGGCUGCUGGCAGCUGCAAACUACGAUGUCGAGCAGGCAGAACGUGGUAUCAUUGUCUUAGAUGAGGUCGAUAAAAUUGCCGCCGCCAAAGUUAGCCACGGCAAGGACGUGGGUGGGGAAGGUGUGCAACAAGCACUGCUCAAGAUCAUUGAAGGUACGACGGUCCAGGUCCAGGCCAAGCCGGAGAAAAAUCCUCGCACAGCGAGUCCGCCAAAUUCCUAUCCCUCCAAUAGUCCCCUAGGGAAUACACCAUUCCAGCCAAACAAUAGCAACCCCCAGGCUGUAAAGGGAGAGGUUUACAAUGUGCGCACGGACAACAUACUCUUCAUCUUCUCGGGGGCCUUCAUGGGCCUGCACAAAGUGGUCAUGGACCGGAUUUCUAAAGGCUCCAUGGGCUUUGGUCAACCCGUCCGAGCCGCGGCCAGCUCAAGUGACCAACCAGGUCCAUCGGCUUCUUCUCCAACAGAGCCACUUCUAAUCCAACCUGGCUCUGAAGAAGAGGCACUUUACAAAAAGCAUCUCCCCUUUUUCACAUCUGCAUCUCCCUCUGGACCAGGAAGCGAACCGACCUAUUUUAACGCACUGGACCUCCUCACCCCCACCGACUUGCAAACGUAUGGGUUCAUUCCCGAGCUGAUCGGGCGAAUCCCCGUCACCGCCGCUUUAUCGACACUAACCCAACCCUUACUUCUCCGCAUCCUUACCGAGCCUCGCAACUCCCUGCUGGCCCAGUACACCACUCUUUUAUCUCUGUCUGGGAUCGAGUUGCGCUUCACCACGCCUGCAUUGCACAAAAUCGCAGCGAAUGCCUUUUCAAUGGGGACUGGUGCUAGAGCCUUACGCACCGAGAUGGAAACAAUACUCAGUGAUGCUAUGUUUGAAGCACCCGGUUCUAGCGUCAAAUUCGUUCUAGUGACGGAGGCGGUUGCCAACCGGGACGAGAAACCUAUCUACCUCGCUCGCGGCCAAGGCGGUAAAUUCCAUGCAAUGAUUUCCGCCGAGGAGAGUAAGUGGGAGGAAAACUCGCGGCGUGACAAGAAGGCAAAAGAGAAGAAAGACAAGUCGCAGAGCGAGUGUGGCGAUGGACAUGCAUCUAGCUUUCAGGAAUAUCGAAAGCGGGCCCUGGGUUAG